CACAGCAAGGCUGUGGUUUUAUGCCCCUUGCCCUGCCUUCCACCUGGGCACAUGGCUCCCUCUUUGGCAGAGAGACCCGAAUAUUUGACAGUCACUUUCAGCUCUUGCCUGCUGCAGUGGAGUUCAGCAUCUAUGGUCCCCAUUCUGCUCAUGGUUCUUCUACUCCUUCUCUGCAUCCACUUUAAAAGGAAAAAUCGACAUUUUUCCACCAGGCCCAUCAAGAGAGACGCCAACGCCUCCAGGCUCAUCAGAGUGACUCCACUGGCAUACCAGUCAGCCAGCAGCCCUGAAGAGAAGCAACCGAGUGCUGGAACAUCCGUGCAGGAAGGUGGCUCUGUGCCCAGCGACACGGCAGCACAUGCCCAAAGGCAGGCGAACGGCUUCCCUGGAAACUCCCGUCCCCAGCCAGGAGCUUCCACCCUCCCAAAAGAUCUGGGCUCCUCACUGGCAAACUGCCGAGAGGAGAGAGAAUCCAGAGCGUUGGGCCUAGGUAGCUUGGGAAGCAGUUCUCCAGCAGCUUCUCCCCAACCCUCGACGGCCCCAGAGUCUCUGCAGCGCCGGGAGCUCCCAGUGGCUGGGGAUGGGCAGGUAACGAUCGCAGAGCAGCCUAGCUCCGGUCUGGACACGUACGGUCCAAUCUAUGAGAGCAUCCGGGAUAAAGGAAUCCGUGGCUGCCAAGGGAGCUUGUCGGAUCUACGUGCUGGCCCUGCAGAGGAGCCUAACGUGAACUCAGGCCGUGCUGCUGCUGGGGGUGAGGAGAAUGAACCAGGAGACACGCUGCCGCGACCGGAGCAGCUUAUGGCUGAUCGUUCCAGCAGGGGCCCCGGGGAGUCCCCUGAGGGGUGGCAGGAGCUCACCUUUGAGGAGGCCACCGCCGUGGACGAGUCCUUGAGUGAAAGGGAGCGCCUGCAGAGGAGCCUAACGUGA